UGUCGUUGCUGGCACUUGAGCCUUGCGAAUUAAAAUUGUAAUUUAUCCUAUUUAUGGGAAUUACUGUGCGUUGUGCUAUUUUCGGCGUAAUCAAGUAUGUUUGCUUUAGUGUUAGAAACUAAUAUAUUAACGGCAGACUCCCGCAUGGAGGACUGAGUAGUGUACAAACAUCGCAGUGUUUGGUAGGGCGAUUGUUAUCAAAUCUAUGUGGAAUACACACAAAUAAUGUGGAUUAUCGCUAAUUUAAUUAAUUACCACUGUCCGUGCUACUUAGUUUAAAAGUUUGCUGACGUGUUAAAGUGAAAACCUUUCCUGGGAAAGGUUGUAAAGUGGGUCAACACAGGUACUAUUGACUACAAUGAAUGAAAAAAAGUUGGUCCAGAACUUCAAGAGUUACAUCAACGUUUCGGCCGUGAACAAUGGAGAUAAAAACGGUUCUGUGCCAGAGGUGAAACCUAAACUGCUAAAUGGCGAGCUGGUGGUGGGCGCGGCGCACAGCGUCGUAAUGCUGACGCCGCUCAGCGAGUACGACCGCGGCAGGUUCGGCUCGCUGUUUGUGACCAACUACAAGCUCUCCUUCGUGCCGCUUGAGAGCCCUCAUAACGAUGAGUACAGCCAACGCAACAACCUUCUUGGGACAUACGACGUGCCUCUGACAGGAGUGCAAGCGGUAUGGCUGACAGAUGGAGGACCUGUGAGGCGUCGGAAACUCCAGCCGUUCGGAGACAUGCCCGGGAAGGUCAAAGGACUGCAAAUUAUUUGCAAAAACAUGAAAGUGCUAACGUUUAGUUUCGCGAACUCGCCGAUAGGGAACGGGAGGAAGGUGACCAUGUCUCUUGUUCACCACGCGUUUCCAAAACGGCACGACCUCCUCUUCGCGUUUGAGUAUAAAGAACCGUAUUACCCCACGUUACCCUCGGAUUUGAACAUGUUUCAACGGCCUGGCGAUUGGAAAAGAGAGUUGGAAAGGUGCGAGUGCCCUCACUGGCGGAUAACCUGCAUAAACGGGACAUCAGAUGCGUUCAUGCUGGGCGCGGGAGAGACACUAAUAGUGCCCAGUUCAGUCCUAGACUACAACCUUAUGGAAUCAGCGCGGCACUUUCGCUCAGGCCGGGUGCCGGUGUGGCUGUGGGGCCGCCCGGAAGGUGCCGCACUACUACGCAGCGGGGAACUGCUGCCUACUGAGCACUCGCAUACUGCCGAGAGCGUCUUGUUAGAGCAGGUGCGACGAUCACACCCGAAGUUAACCCCGCCCUACGUGAUAUACCUCUGCGGGAACAGUUUCACCAACAACAGAGACACCAGUAUAUUGCCGUCCCUCGCCAACCUGCAGGCUUCGUACAAGAAACUCGUCGAGCUGUGCACGCCCACCACGCUUGGAGGGUUUUGGGUGCAAGACUCGCAGUACUACAGCAUCCUGGACUCGAGCCGCUGGCUGCGCUGGGUGGCCAACUGCAUCACGUUCGCGGACGACGCGGCGCGACAGCUCGCGGGCAACGUCACCGUCGUACUGCAGGAGGGUGAUGGUGUCGACUACUGCGCAGUGGUGUCGAGUCUGACGCAGAUGUUGGUAGACCCUCACUGCCGCACAUUAUCGGGCUUCCAGUCGCUCGUGCAGAAGGAAUGGAUCGCGCUUGGACAUCCCUUCUGUGACAGGUUCGGCCUCCCCCGACCCGGCAACCCCAAAGAGACGACAGCCAAAGAGGCCACCGCGGCGCAGAUCGCCCCCGUCUUCCUGCUGUUCCUCGACUGCACGUGGCAGUUACUGCAGCAGUUCCCGUCACACUUCCAGUUCACCGAGACAUACCUCACCACGCUGUGGGACUGCGCGCACAAUCACCUGUUCGAUACGUUCCUGUUCAACUGCCCGAGAGACCGAGAUCUGGCGAUUGCUAAGAACUUCGUUCAAAGACCCGUCUGGGAUUGGGGUGAGCAAUUCUCAGAACAAGACAAGGCGUUAUUCUACAAUCCGCUCUAUGUGGGCAGUAAACCUUCGGCGAGUACACCUACUAAGAGGCUUUCAACAACGACAAUAGCAACCAAAUCAACACCACCAUCGCCUGAGCUCCCGAGACUCGAACCUUGUACGUCGAUAGCGGCCAUGGAGCUGUGGUCGCAGUGCUACGAGCGGUGGCUGCUCCCACUAGACGGGCCGCAGUCCGGCGCCGUGCAGUACCACGUGUUCAACUACGCCGUGCUCAGAGACAUCCAACGGCUAAACGAGAAACUAUCAGCGCUGUCGAUAAUGAACAACAGGCAUUCGAACGGUGACCUCGGCACGGAGCCGCCGCGGCCGAUUGUGUCGCGGUUUCACCCCUUCAGCUUGAGUCGGUCGAACGAAGUUCGCAACCUCGACGCUAUGCAGGUAAGCAUCAUUGAUGCCAGCCAACUGCUAGACUCCCAAUCAUUACUAAAUGCUCCAGAUUAAUAGUGGAACUUACAGGUAAGACAGACUGUUGUAGUGUAGUCAUAGUGCAUUUGUGAAGUGAUUUGAUCGAUUUUUUUCAAUAGCUUAGUUAUUUUUAUAAUUCUGUAAAGGCAACUAAGAUUGAAGAAAAAAUUAAAUAAAUAAGUCAUUGAAAAAUGUUAGUUAAAACAGUGUUUACAAAGUUCAGUGUACUAGGACAACAGACGAUGUGAAGAUGUAUUUUUAUAAACACUAUUUUGACGUUACGAAAAGCUAGAACUUAAUCAAAAAUGUAUGGAUAAUUUACAAGACGAAUGUACGAGUAGUGAGAAUCGUUGGAUAGGAAAUUGUGCACGCCCACAGAGUAAAAGGCUAAAAUUAAUUUAGCUAAAACUAAAAUAGGCUCUGCCCACCCCAUUAGGGAUUGCGGGCGUGAAAUUAUGUAUGUUUAUAUGUAUGUAAACAGCUAAAAAUUGCAAUAUAAGAUGUCUCUGGCAUUGUAGGCACAAAUACUGACUAUGAUCGGUUCUGAAUGUUGUCAGACCUGAAUUAUUAUUCAUUUGAAAUUGGAAACAAUUUACUUAGCUAUAACAAACUAGUGGGUGUAUACUGAUGAAUUUAACAUAUUAUGUGUAUUUUACUCUGUGGGCGGGCGUCUUUACGUAACAUAAAUGAUUUGGAAAUGUGUGUCUUAGAACAAUGUAGAGUAACGAACAAUAUUGUUUAUCAGAACUAUUAUGUCGAAGAGUAUUUCAUUUUAGAACUAAUAUAAACGAUAGUAGGGUAGACAUUUGACGUACAUAAACAUUGUGAAUAGUCAGUGGAGUAUAAAUAUUAUGAUUAAAUUAUUUUAUUGCUUUAAUAACAGUUGCAGGGCGUUUGGAACUUUAUUGAUUUUGCGUUAGAGAAGAAUGUAAAUUGACAAUAAAAAUAACAUGAUCGAACAGAGAAUUGUAUGCCGUUCUCGCUCCCUCAUAACGUAAAUGUUACAUGUAACAUGAAAUAAUGUUAUAGAAGUUCUUUAAAAUUUCAAACAGCCUAUAAACCACGCUGUGUAUUUAUUUUUCUAAUUAUUCAAAUAAGGUCAAGGAAUUGAAUGAAGAGUUUAAAUAAAGAACAAAGUAUUGAUAUUUUUCUAUACGUCUGAUUGACGGUAUGGUCUGACCAAUAUUAUAUCUUAUUAUAACUAAGUUUAGCGUCUAAAACUUGCGAAAGAGGCAAAUUAUAAUGAAAACAAAACAUAUAAUAUACAUUUUUAGGACAUUCCAAAAACAAAAUUAUUGACGAAAAUAUGAAUAGCCUUUUAAAAUUAAAACGAUGUUGUAAUCCUUUGUCCAUUGAUUUAUUAUAUUUAAAUACUUACUACUUAUUUUUCUUUCCGUUACCACACUUUUAUAUUAAUCCUAUUUUUUCAAUCAGUGAACUGUACAGAUACCAAAAUACGAUUAGUUAUUAUUUUUUGUUGUAAAUAUGGCAGCUACCUAUUUUUGUAUAAUUUAUUUAGUGUUCUAUGAAACAUUUUAUUGUAAUUUCUUUUUUAAUAUUUCUAGUACUCUAUAAAGGAAGACUGCCUUUUAUGAAGUAACUGUUAUUUCAUUUAAUAGGUACUUUAAAAUAGUUACACUGCUAUCAAUAAAUACAAUUAUUACUAGACGAAGAAAGCUAUGGAGUUAUUCUGAUUGACAUUUACGCGUUGGAAUUCAUAAGUGUUACCGUGGAGUAAGCAGUAUACUACGCAAUACAGAGCGUCUCUCGUCAUACUAGAAAUUUGCCUAAACAGAGCGCCAGUGGCGAGCAUUUGUACUAACUGUCAAAGUGUUCAUAAUGAUACGACACGCCGUCACUAGAUGGCACUUAUUUUCAUAUGUAAGCUUAUACGGUUAGCGACAUCUAGUUUAUCCAUGGUGAAUUACAGUAACGAUACAGGGUGUUAGUGACAUCGUAACAAAAACUUUGAGGGAUGAUUCAGGCCCUGAUUCUAAGUUGUUAUAAAUUGGAAUUUUCCGUCGCAAAAAUAUGGAAUGGAAAAUAAUUUUAAAAAACACUACAAUAUUCAUAAAUUUCCCGAAAAGAAAAUCCACUUGAGAAUCAUGGUCUGAUCCCUCUAUAUUCGUUACGAUGUCACUAACAUCUUGUAUACUAUGGUUCCUAACCAAUCCACAAAGAAAGAGCGCCGGUGCCGAGCAUUGGUACUAAAUCUAAAAUGAAUGGAGGGACCAGACAUGGCAUAAUUGUUAUAAAACAUAGCGAAGGUAUAUAGGUAUAUUAGACGAAUAUGUUAUGAGAAUAAUCCCACAGUCUCUGUUAAAUUGCCUACAUAAUUGAUUUGUACUUUAUGUAUUACUGUAUCACUUUUUUUGCCCCAAACACUCCUUAAAUACGUAAGUAACAAGACCUAAGGUAACCUAGGAACAUUUUCAACCUUGUUGCUAUAUUACUUGACGACUAAACUCCCGAUUUAUUUUUAUAUCGUCCCAAGAAAAAAUGAACCUGCGAAAAGUUGUCGAGUAAUACAAAAAAUAUAUUGUUGAAUAUUGAAUUUAGUUGUAUAAUUUGUAAUAUUUUUAGAUUAAGGCAUAAUUAUAAUAUUGAUGUAAUUAAUAAUUCUACGAACUGUUAUUAUGUAUAGCUAAUUAAUAUGAAAAUUAUGAGAUACAAUCAAAAGUAUACUGAAAAUAACCAGUUAAGCCAUGGUAAAUUGUUUGUGCCAUUUCAUAAUGUUCGAUUUGUUCUAUACACGACAGUCUUGUUGUAACAUUGAAUCGAUUUGAAUUGUAAUUAACCCAGUGCAAAGUAUUCGUAAUUUUGAACAUAAUUCUGUUGUUGACUGUACCUGACAACGAGAAAUGCAAACAUGUUCAAACGAGAGAAAUAAAAGAAAUAUUAUCAA